GCGGAGGGUGACGCGGCGGCGGCGGAGGCAUCCGCGCGGGGCCUAGGCCGGCCACAGGCCUCGGGCUCGAGUAGACGCGGGGGGGCCGGGCCGGGCAUGGCCCCCUGAGGGGCGGGGGGCAGCCACGGCGCGGCGGCGGCGGGGCGGGCAGGACAUGGAGGAUCGGGUCCCCCCCGCCCGGGGGGAGGAGCCGCCCCCACCCGUGGCGGCUGCGGAUCGGGCCCCCCCGCCACAGGAUCGGGGCCCCGGGCGGGUCUGGGCGGAGGAUCGGGCCCCCGGGGCGGAGGAUCGGGCCCCAUUGGCAGAGGAUCGGGCCCCCCCGGCGGAGGAGCGGGGCCCCCGGCGGGCGUGGGAGAAUCGGGCCCCCCCAGCGGAGGAUCAGGUCCCCAGGGGCGAUCGGGCCCCCCCGGCAGAGGAGCGGGGCCCCCGGCGGGGGUGGGGGGAGCGGGGCCCCCCCGCGGAGGAGCGGGGCCCCAAGGCGGAGCGGGGGCCCCGGGGGGCGCCAGGACCCCGGGCCGGGUGGGGGGAGGGAGUGGGCGAGUGGGGGGCCCCCUGGCCGGGAACCGAGGCCGAGCCCCCCGAGGAUUUCCUGCCGCCCCCCGAGUGCCCCGUCUUCGAGCCCAGCUGGGCCGAGUUCCGCGACCCCCUGGGCUACAUCGCCAAGAUCCGGCCCAUCGCCGAGAAGAGCGGGAUCUGCAAGAUCCGGCCCCCCGCCGACUGGCAGCCCCCCUUUGCUGUGGAAGUGGAUAAUUUCAGGUUCACCCCGCGCAUCCAGAGGCUCAACGAACUGGAGGCGCAGACGCGGGUGAAGCUGAACUACUUAGACCAGAUUGCGAAGUUCUGGGAGAUCCAGGGCUCCUCUCUCAAGAUCCCCAACGUGGAACGGCGCAUCCUCGACCUCUACAGCCUGAGCAAGGUGGUGCUGGAGGAGGGGGGCUACGAGGCCAUCUGCAGGGACCGGCGGUGGGCUCGUGUGGCCCAGCGCCUCACCUACCCCUCGGGCAAGAACAUCGGCUCCCUACUGCGCUCCCAUUACGAACGCAUCAUCUACCCAUAUGAGAUGUACCAGUCGGGAGCCAACCUGGUGCAGUGUGACGCCCGCCCCUUCGACAGCGAGGAGAAGGACAAGGAGUACAAGCCCCACAGCAUCCCCCUGCGCCAGUCCGUGCAGCCCUCCAAGUUCAACAGCUAUGGGCGCCGAGCCAAGCGGCUGCAGCAGGAGGAAUCUGAGGCCUGCCCCGAAUGUGCCAGCCCCUCGCCUUUGGUAGCUGAGCGAGCGCCCAUGGCCUGGCCGGAGCCCACAGAGGAGGACAUCGAGAAGAACCCGGAGCUGAAGAAGCUGCAGAUCUAUGGGGCCGGCCCCAAGAUGCUGGGCCUUGGGCUGGUGGCCAAGGACAAGACCCUGCGGAAGAAAGACAAGGAGGGCCCCGAGUGCCCCCCCACGGUGGUGGUGAAGGAGGAACCCCCUGGGGUGGAUUCCCGGCCAGAGCCGCAAUCGCCCCGACCUUUCCUGGAGGUGAAGGAGGAGCUGAGGCACAGCCCGGAGCCCUGCACCAAGAUGACCAUGCGCCUCCGUCGGAGCCACGGCAACACGCAGUUCAUCGACUCCUACGUGUGCCGGAUCUGCGCCCGUGGGGAUGAGGACGACAAGCUGCUGCUGUGCGACGGCUGUGACGACAACUACCACAUUUUCUGCCUGCUGCCCCCCCUGCCCGAGAUCCCCAAGGGCGUCUGGCGCUGCCCCAAAUGCGUCAUGGCGGAGUGCAAGCGCCCCCCGGAGGCGUUCGGCUUCGAGCAGGCCACACGGGAGUACACGCUGCAGAGCUUCGGGGAGAUGGCCGAUGCCUUCAAGGCAGACUACUUCAACAUGCCUGUCCACAUGGUGCCCACAGAGCUGGUGGAGAAGGAGUUCUGGCGCCUGGUGAACAGCAUCGAGGAGGACGUGACGGUGGAGUACGGCGCCGACAUCCACUCCAAGGAGUUCGGCAGCGGCUUCCCCAUCAGUGACAGCAAGCGGAGGCUGUGCUCUGAGGAGGAGGAAUACGCGGCCAGUGGCUGGAACCUGAACGUGAUGCCGGUGCUGCAGCAGUCAGUGUUGUGCCACAUCAAUGCCGACAUCUCGGGCAUGAAGGUGCCCUGGCUCUACGUGGGCAUGGUCUUCUCCGCCUUCUGCUGGCACAUCGAGGACCACUGGAGCUACUCCAUCAACUACCUCCACUGGGGCGAGCCCAAGACGUGGUACGGGGUGCCAUCGUUCGCGGCCGAGCACCUGGAGGACGUGAUGAAGAAGCUCACCCCGGAGCUGUUCGAGAGCCAGCCGGACCUGCUGCACCAGCUUGUCACCCUCAUGAACCCCAACACCCUCAUGGCCCAUGGUGUGCCGGUCGUCCGGACCAAUCAGUGUGCGGGAGAGUUCGUCAUCACUUUCCCCCGGGCCUAUCACAGCGGCUUCAACCAGGGCUACAACUUCGCUGAAGCUGUGAACUUCUGCACUGCUGACUGGCUGCCGGCUGGGCGCCAGUGCAUCGAGCAUUACCGCCGCCUGCGUCGCUACUGCGUCUUCUCGCACGAGGAGCUGAUCUGCAAGAUGGCCGCCUGCCCCGAGAAGCUCGACCUCAACCUAGCGGCCGCCGUGCACAAGGAGAUGUUCAUCCUGGUGCAGGAGGAGCGCAAGCUGCGCAAGGCCCUGCUGGACAAGGGGGUCACGGAGGCGGAGCGCGAGGCCUUCGAGCUGCUCCCGGAUGACGAGCGCCAGUGUGACAAGUGCAAGACGACGUGUUUCCUCUCGGCACUGGCCUGCUACGACUGCCCCGCCCGUCUGGUCUGCCUCUACCACAUCCACGACCUCUGCAAGUGCCCCAGUAGCCGCCAGUACCUCAGGUACCGCUACACGCUGGAUGAGCUCCCGGCCAUGCUGCACAAGCUGAAGGUUCGGGCCGAGUCCUUCGACACCUGGGCCAACAAGGUCCGAAUCGCCCUGGAGGUGGAGGAUGGGCGCAAGAGGACGCUGGAGGAGCUGCGGGCUCUGGAGUCAGAGGCUCGCGAGCGCAAGUUCCCCGACAACGAGCUGCUGCAUCGGCUGAAGAGCUGCCUGGCUGAGGCCGAGAGCUGCGUCUCCGACGCCCUGGGGCUCAUCAGCGGCCUGGAGACUGGGGUGCCUGCUGUGCCACUGUCGCUGGACGAGCUGCGCGCCUUCCUGGAGCGUAUGAGCAGCGUGCCCUGCGUCAUGCACCAGCUGGCCGACGUGCAGGCGGUACUGGAGCGGGCGCUGGCGUUCCAGGAGGAGGUGCAGGAGGCCCUGCGGGGGCUGCCCGCCAGCACAGCGCAGCUGCAGGGGCUGGUGGCGCAGGGGGCGCGGCUGGGCGUAGCCGUGCCCGAGACGCGUCAGCUGGAGCGCCAGGUGCAGCAGGCAGCCUGGCUGGAGGAGGUGAAGCGGGCGCUGCGCUCGCCCCGUGAGCAGGUGCCCCUGGCCCUGGUGCAGGGCCUGGCCCAGGCCGGUGCCACCGUGGCCCCCAGCCCGGCCGUGGAGAAGGCCCGGGCCGAGCUCCAGGAGCUGCUGACCAUCGCCCAGCGCUGGGAGGAGAAGGCCCACCUCUGCCUCGAGGCCAGGCAGAAGCACCCCCCAGCCACGCUGGAAGCCAUCAUCAAGGAGGCAGAGAACGUCCCUGUGCACCUGCCCAACAUCCUGGCCCUGAAGGAAGCGCUGGCCAAAGCCCGGGCCUGGAUCGCCGAUGUGGAGGAGAUCCAGAACGGGGAUCAUUACCCCUGCCUGGACGACCUGGAGGGGCUGGUGGCCGUGGGCCGGGACCUGCCCGUGCGCCUGGAGGAGCUGCGCCAGCUGGAGGUGCAGGUGGGCACGGCGCACUCCUGGCGCGAGAAGGCCUCCAAGACCUUCCUCAAGAAGAACUCGUGUUACACCCUGCUGGAGGUGCUUUGCCCUUGCGCGGACGCUGGCGCAGCCAGCCCCAAGCGCACCAAGUGGCGGCGGGAGCCGGAACUCGGCCUCUACAAGUCGGACACCGAGAGCCUGGGGCUGUCGGCUCAGGACCUGCGGGACCCCGGCUCCGUGAUCGUGGCGUUCAAGGAGGGCGAGCGGAAGGAGAAGGAGGGCAUCCUACGGCUGCGCCGCGCCAACGCACUGAAGCCUGCCCCCCCCGCGCCCGGCCCCCCCUCCUGCGUGUGCAGCCGGCCGCCUGGGCCCAGUAUGCUGUGCUGUGAGCUCUGCCGCGACUGGUUCCACGCCCCCUGCGUGGCCUGGCCCCGCCUGGGCGCCCAGAAGCCCUCGCCCGCCUGGUGGGAGUGGGACGCCAAGUUCCUGUGUCCGCUGUGCCAGCGCUCCCGCCGCCCGCGCCUCGAGACCAUCCUGGCCCUGCUGGUGGCCUUGCAGAAGCUGCCGGUGCGGCUGCCCGAGGGCGAGGCCCUGCAGUGCCUGACGGAGCGCGCCAUCACCUGGCAGGAUCGCGCCCGCCAGCUGCUGGCCUCGCCCGAGCUGGCCGGGCCCCUGGAGCGCCUGGCGGCCCUGCGCCAACGGCUGCAUGGGGAUGCCGGCGCCCUGCGGGAGACCAGCCGCAACGAGCAACCCAAGCUCUCCCUAGAGAACGGGGACGCCACGACGCCGGAGAAGAUGGGACCCUUCACCUCUGACCUGGAGGUGCUGGGCGCGGCGCUGGCACGGCUGCAGGGCCCGGUGCUGGAGCUGCCCGAGGGGCCAAGGCAAGCGCUGGAGGAGCUGCUCCUGGAGGGCGACCUGCUGGAGGUGACGCUAGAUGAGGGGCAGAGCCUCUGGAGGCUGCUGCAGGCCGCCCGGGUGCCCCCCGUUGACACCUUCCGCCACCUGUUGGAGCUGGAGCAGGCGGAGCGGCGCGGGGCCCGGGGCCGGGAUGCCGAGCGGCGCCGGAAGCGCCGGGCUGAGCGAGGGGAGCUGCCCCCCGUACCGAAGGAGGAGUUAGAGCCAAAGAGGAGCCGGGAGAGCGAGCCCCCCGAUGUGGCCUCCCCCGGGGCCGGCACUGAUCACAGCCAGAACGGUGUCGGGGAGUUGUGACGCCGGCCCCCUCCUCCGGACCGGACGGCUGACAUGAUGGCGCCCUGACUGGGGGGGGGGGGCUGGGGGGCGGAGCUGACCCCCCCAGGACGCUCCCCGCCGGGGGACCCCGGGCCGGACUCUGCCCAGUGAUGUAAUUAUUUUACGUUACCCUUCCUUUUGUAUCAUGGAUACCUCGGCGCAGAGAUGGGGAGUAAGGGGAUCUUGCUGACACCCCCCCCCGUGGGAGCCAGGGGGCGCCACCCCCCAGAACUGUGCCCCUCCGGAUUCACCAUGGACGUCUCGGGGCACCCCCGAGAUACCAGCACAGCCA